AUGGAGCUUCCAGAUUUUAUGACUGACAUGAAUGCCGUCCUUAAGGACAAAGUGGAAUGGCUUCAAUGUACAAUUCCAGAUUAUAGUAAAGCUAAUAACCUGUUUCUUAAAGAACGUACGAAGAUUCACGAAUCCGGCUCCCUCGAAGAUCUCGUCACAAACCUCGUCAAAAAUUGGGAAAAGGAGGCAUCUCACAAGCCCAAGGCUACUGAUUGGCGUACAAUUGACCACAAAGUUUACAGAUUCUCCACAAACGGCGGAGCAUGGUCCACAGCAGAAGACAUGAUCAAAAUCGGCACUUAUAAUGCUCUCAUCGGUGAAUCAGAAUAUUAUGCAGCAAGUAGAAUCAUGAAUUCUGUGGACUCUCAUAAAGUUUUUCGUGGUUGCCUUCGUUCAGGAUUCGCUUGGGAAUGUUUAGAAGUUUAUUCUGGUCCUCCACGCGUUUCUUUUAAAUGGCAUCUCAUAGCUGAACCAACAAACGAAAGAGUGGAACUUUUUGGGGUUACAAUUGCUACUAUUAAUGAGAAAUUUCAGAUUUUGCAAUUAGAAACGUUUUUUAAUCCGGAUGAUUUGUUUUCGCAAAUGGUUAAAAAUGGUUCUGUUGCUGAAGUUGCUACAAAAUAA